AGUUGCUCAGGGUGAUGAGGACGAUCGAUGACAGAAUUGUCCACGAAUUAAACACUACGAUUCCAACAGCUUCCUUUGUGGGGAAAAUUGAUGCCGGCCAGACGUGUAAAGAGCUGUACCAGUCUUUGAUGGAUGCUCACACCAGCAGAGAGAGAAUCAUCAAAAACUGCAUCGCUCAGACUUCCAGUGUCGUGAAAACUCUCCGAGAAGAGAGGGAACAGGCCCAGGAUGAUGUAGCAUUAUUAAAGCAACUCAGGAAAGAGCAGACAAAGUUGAAAUUGAUGCAGUCGGAGCUGAAUGUCGAAGAAGUGGUAAACGACAGAAGCUGGAAGGUAUUUAAUGAGCGUUGCCGAAUUCACUACAAGCCUCCGAAGAGUCAAUGAUGUGGGGUAUUGUCCAUCAAGGUGGUCCAUAACCAUGAGAGCCAAACUGGAAAGAGACCUUGGGUGAGCUGUAUUGGGACCCUCCAGAACCAGUAGAACCCAAUCUCGUUUUGUUUUGGACCUACUUAGCUGAAAUUUCAAGGUUGAAAUGAUUCUCCUGUAAUUAAGAGAAAACAGCUCAUCUUUUGUACAAAAUAUGUGAACAAAUGAGUUUUAUAGUAUUAAAAUAAUUUUCAA